AUGCUUGAAGGAGUGAAAAGCGAAACUUUCUUCAAUGAAGCUUUUCAUUAUGAGAAUCAAGCAAAUGAUGUGGACAUGCUGGAUAGUGAACUUUUGAAUGAGUUCUUGUUUAGGUCGAACGAUGGAGGCGAAGAUGCAGAGCGCGAUGAGGAGGAUGGAAAUCUCAAAAAUCGGCCUAAGGGUGGUCUAAAUAACGAUGAAGAUGCCGUCUUCGAUUCUUUCAUCAAUACAGAAACUUUGGAUAUUACAGGUAUGGCUUCUAAUGAUUUUAUGGGAGUGCAAUGUAAUUAUACGAAUGACGAGGCAAAUGGCAUGCAUUCAGAUGUCAGUGAUACUUUGAUGAUGAAACAGGAUACAAAAAGUACCAGUGUGACCGAUAUAGAACAAGACAUUGGUAAAAAUGUGCAAUUAUCCUCGGACUACACCAAAGACUGUCAAAAUCUUGUCGAAAACUCGUUGGUCUUCGGCAGAUCAGAAGCAACGAAAACGCGUUAUGUUAAUCCGUUAGAGUAUAUUGAUAUUGACGAAUCGACUUUACCAUACAAACUUUCAGUCACUGGACUGCCAACUGUGUCUCGAGUAGAGAACCAAAUAAAGCUGGAUUUUGAAGUUACACCACCAGUAAGACAAUGCAUGGUCUACUUACCAACUGACUGUAUUGCAAGACAAAAAUUUUAUUUGGAGAAAGAAAUCGAUCAUUAUCCCCAGGAAUUUCGGGAUCAAUUACUAUAUGUGGAGGCAUUUUUACUGUGUGCAUCGAAUAACAAAACGACUUACGUCUGCACGCGGUGUGUUAAGAGGGAGCAUAGAAGAGCUUCUAGAAGAAAAUCAGGAUUAAGUGACAAUAUGCUGUGGUGCAAUAAUGAGAACAGAAGAGCAGUAAUCUUCAAUAACAAACAAGUAUUCGUGGUAAAAGAUUUAGAUAAAAAUGAACAGUCUAAAAAAUUUGACUUGACAGCUAGAAUUGUAUGCUAUUGUAGGCAUCAUAAAGCUCCAGAGGGUUUUAAGAUCCUAUUUGUCUUAAAAAAUUCCAAAGGUGACGUAUUGGCUAAAAAUGUGACAUCUUCAAUUAUGAUAAUGGACAAAAAACCGGCUUCGACCUCUGUGUCAUCGCCUAUUACCGCUCAAAAUACGAGCAAUACAGAUUCUGGUGUCGAUACAGCUGCAGAGAAUUUUUCAACUUCGAACUCGGCUGAGGUUACAUCUUCUAGCCGUCGUUUAGAUUCAAAUCGUAAUGGAAAUGGUUUGACUCCAAGCAAGUACUUUGAUGGAGGUGACUUGGAUCCUAUGCAAACAGACUCUAAUAAUCCUGUGUUAUUGACGGUUCCCAAAGAACCAAUGCUUUCUCCCACUUCAAUGAGUGAGGAAGGUUCUGAAUCGCACGCAUCUGCGUUGGAGCGCACAAAUGAGUCUCAUCGUAUGGGUUCUUGUGUAGCUACCACCAAUAUCUCUCGAAUGGACAACAAUCAGCGGAAAAGACUGCGUCAUCAAAGUACUCAAGAUGGUUUCCCCCAAAGAUCAUGGUCAAAUAACUCAUUAUCAAGUUCUGCAGCAGAGUCUCGACCUCAAAUCAUGUCUCAAAAUUCGUCGCAAAUGUUACGAUCAGUGGCUGAUUUUUCUCCGGUUAUUAAUCCUAAUCAACCUUCUAUUCAGCGCGUGAUUCCAGCUCAAGGACCAAUUAAUGGUGGUAUCGAAAUUACCCUCUUGGGCUCUAAGUUUAAGGAUGGACUCAUCGUCAAAUUCGGUGAAAAUAUUGCAUUAUCAACUCAAUGUUGGAGCGAAACAACAAUGGUUACAUAUUUGCCUCCGGCAUCCUGUGCUGGUCAGGUUUUUGUUACGGUGCUUGACUCGAGUGACCCAAAUUCAUCUCAGGUCAGUGCAAAUAACAAAACAAUCUUCACUUAUGUUGAUGAUACGGAUAGACAGCUGAUUGAGUUGGCUCUACAGAUAGUCGGAUUGAAGAUGAACGGUAAACUAGAAGAUGCAAGGAAUAUUGCCAAGAGAAUUGUUGGUAACGACGAUGGUUCUUCUACUAUGAGCUCACCAAAUAUUUCUCCUGGAAACAACUCUGGCUCCGUACAGAGCUCAAUGCAAGGUCACAUUAUGUACUCUGAUGAGGUUUUACUCGUGAAGGUGAUCAAAUCGCUUCGAGUAAACUCGAAUUUAUCGAUGUGUGACAACUUAGGUCGAACAUUAGUUCACCUGGCAUCUUUGAAGGGCUAUCAAAGCCUACUAUCAAUUCUAAUCAAAAAUGGUGCUCGUGUCAAUGAUAGAGAUUUAUACGGUUUUACUCCCCUACAUUUUGCUUGUGUAGGUGGUGAUGCCUCUGUGAUUCGUUUACUGCUUCAAUGUAAGGCCGAUCUCGCCAUCAGGGCCAAAAAUGAUAUCACAGCAAGGCAAAUUUUCAUUGCAAACCACGGUAAAAGGCCUGAAGCUCAAAGCUACGUAAAAGAGGUCCUGGGAUUAUUUGAUGACACAAAUGCAUCUGAUGAUUCAAGUCUUUUCAGUCGAAAGUUUUCCGAUUCAAGCUUUCAUUUCAAUACUGUGGAAAAUGAGUCUUUGUAUUCAUCUGAGGUUGCAAGGUUCACGGCAUCAGCAAGUAGAAACUCUGACAGGUCAGAGUAUGACGAAAGUGACUUCGAAGAGAAUGGGGACGAGAGUCUUUUAACGGGAGACCAAUCUGAAUUAGAUUUUGACAACGAAGUCACAGAUAACAUAUCAGUUGUAAAUGGAAAUGAAGGUCGUAGCUCAAUGAACAGUUCACUCCUGAAUAGAAUGCUGAACUAUCUGAAUGAAGAUCUUCCAAAAUACGAAGAUCUCUUCCCCGGUUCGCCACAUAAUGAGAAACAAAAAAUGAUAGAAGUUGAUAACGAAUCUAACGAGGAUGGAAUUCAUAAAACUUCAUCUGCUCCCGAAGAUUCUCAAGCUUCUUCGGAGGACGAAGAGGAUGCCUUACAACUUAGAUUCAACAGAUUUUUCCAGCAAAAGCAGAAUUUCAGGAACGAUAAAAUGCUGCUUUUCUUCUGGCUGCCACUAACGGUUAUUCUUCUAAGUUGGUACACUCUCUUUAAAUUCGGUCAGGAAGGUGACCACGUUCAUUAUUUUACUAACAUGGUUUCGGAGUAUCUGCGUGUUGUCUUAGCUAAGAUUUUAUUAGGUAAUGAGAGAAUGAAAACCGCAUUUAAGGAGCAAUUGACGAUUUUUCAAAAUACAGGCAUCAUGAACGAUUUGAUUGUUGCACAAUAG